UGCGCGAGUGCCCACCUAUUGUGCAACAUUCACGCCAGAUCCUUUCGUCAUUCGAUGUUACGUGAAUGUGAUUCGACUGGAGCAACCUUCCAAUAGCCGCAGUACGUAAGCAGCCACUAACCAUCCAGGUACAUGGUGCUCGCCUUCAUGCUGGGUCGGGGCGGCGCCGUGGCUAGAGCUCGUCCACCGUGUCGUCUCCUUCGUACCGUACACAAGUCUCAGCUGUCGACAUGGCCACGUUUGGUUCCGCAUCAAGCGCUCGUGGCACAUUCAAAACUCUGUUUCGACAUCCGCGCACGUCUCGCCCGCGAUGCCUGGACGUGCCGCAAUGCGGAGCUGCUCCGCGUGUUCCCCAGAAUACUGGCCACUUCUCCGUCAAACGAAUCUCUAGUGCAGACACUACGUCGUUUGAUCCGCGUGGCGCUUCACUUCGCCAAGCUACUGGGACUGGCGCUUCCACUAGCACUCACGGCUCCUGUGGCUUAUUCGGCCGGUACGUUGAUGCCUACAGUUGUAGAACACUGGUGGGAGCUUGCUUUAUGGCUGGCGCAAUAUUCCUCUCCAACUGUAAUGAAAUUCCUGCAGUGGGCGAGCACCCGUCGCGAUAUGUUCCCUGCGUCAUUCUGUGACCGAUUCGAGACGUUCCACGAGCACGCACCGAUGCAUUCGUGGGCACAGACGGAAGAUGCAUUAAAAAUGGCGUUUGGAGACAAUUGGAGAGACGUAUUGGAGGUAGAUGAUCAUCCAAUUGGCUCUGGCUGCAUUGCACAGGUGUAUCGAGGUCAUAUCAAGGAGACGAACGAACAAGUGGCAGUCAAAGUCAUCCAUCCUCACGUAAAGCAAAUGGUGGCACUGGAUCUACAGCUUUUACGGACUUUUGUGGCAAUAUUUGAAGUCAUACCGACGCUCCGAUGGCUCGGAGGAAAGGAUAGUGUCACGGAGUUUGCGUCCCUUAUGGAGAGACAGCUGAAUCUUCGCACGGAAGGUGAGAAUCUGACCUUGUUUAGUGAACAUUUCCGCAAUCGCAAAGGACUUCGCUUUCCCGUACCACGCAUGGAUUAUACAACAGAAAAUGUAUUAGUGGAGAGCUUUGAAGAUGGUCUACAUUUCAGUGAGAUCUUCUCACAAAUGGAGCUGCCACGUCGGAAAGCUGUGGCUCGCGUCGUGCUGGAAGCGUAUCUUCGGAUGGUUUUCCUUGAUAACUUUGCGCAUGGAGAUUUACAUCCAGGAAAUCUUUUGUUUGACGAGCAAGAUGGCGGUAGAAACUCGCGGGUGUCGCGUUCUGAAGCCAUUCGCAAUGCUGGUGUGGUGGUGAUUGAUGCCGGUAUCGUGACGAAGCUAGAGCAACAAGAUCUGCGUAAUUUUGUCGAGUUAUUCCACGCAGUAGCCACAGGGAAUGGGUACAAGGCUGGUGAGCUCAUUGUGGCAAGAAGUAAGGGGCGAAUAGGUCCAAAUGGAGCUAUCAUUCCGACCAAGUGCAAAGAUCUCGAGUCUUUCUGCACUGGGAUGGAGCGGAUUGUGAACGACGCACUGAGCUGGCGACUCAGUUUGAAGAAGGUGCAUGUGGGAGCACUUCUCCGCCAAGUGAUGGAGCUUUGCUGUACACAUGAAGUGAAGCUGGAGGGCAAAUACGCCUCCAUCGUUGUCUCCAUUGCGGUAUUGGAAGCGGUUGGCCGGAAACUUGACCCGGAUAUCGACAUCUUGGCGGUUGCUCUCCCGAUCAUCACACAGUCACUCGUCAAGAACGUAUUGAGUUGACUCUCAACGAUAGAUUUUUGAUUUUACGAUAGUUUGCUGAAUGCUGUGGCAUCGAUACGAGUGCAGGAAAAAGAAUUUGAAAGCCAACGGUACCAUAGUGAAGUGCACUCGUACGUUUUACAUUUGUAAGGAUACAUGAAAUGUAAUAGACCCCACUAUCUGCUUACUUCUCUGCGGUGUACACGAAAGACGAAUGAACCGAGAUGAUUGGCUUGGUGUAGUGACGCUGAUAACCACGG